CUAAUAAUCGAAUACCGUUUCACAGUGAAACUUACGUGAGGAUAGACAUGAAUAGUAUAGAGAUUUUAUCAGUUGUAGAGAACAGUUCACGUUCGGAAACAGAUGAAAAGUUCUGUGACUUACAUCUUAUAGGAAUAACAGGCAUUACUCGCUUUGGUCAAUAUCUAUUUUUUCAAAUAUAAAACAAUGACUAACACUGAAAAUGCUGUUGUGGCUCCUGCCAAACCUAUUUUUGAUCCAAGUCAGUUUGAAGGAGAAUCUCAAACCCAAAAACUUGCUAGGAAAUCCCGAGAGGCUCCAUUUAUGAGUCUUGGCCUACUGGGGUGUGGACUUGCUUGUCUUUAUGGAGCCUAUCGUUACAAAAAUCGUGGUAGUAUGUCAACCUCUGUCUACUUGAUGCAACUCCGUGUUGCUGCCCAGGGCACUGUGGUUGCUGCUCUUACAUUUGGUGUUGGUUAUGCACUUUUUAGACAUUUGUAUUAUGAAGAAAGACCUGAGAGUAAACCAGCAGACAAAUAGUGGCUUGGAAGCGAUUCAUGAAAAUUUUAGAAACGCUAGAAUGAUUAACAAAAAAUACAAAAUGAUAAAACUAUACAUUUAGCAAUUUAUUGCUAAUCAUGUUUUUUAAAUAUUUUUGGAAUUGUAAUUUUAAAUGUAGUACUUGUAGAACAUAAAUUAAGAGUUUGAAUCAGCUUUUUUAAGAUACUUAUAUAUAUUCCUAAUGUGAAUGGCAUUCAAUGCCAUAAAACCUGUUAUUUCACUUGUUACUGUUGUGAUGUAUACUAUGUUUAGAUAUCUAUAGUUCAUGUAACAAUAAAAUUAUUUUUCUUUUGUAA